AUGUUAGUAAGAAAGUGGAGAAGUAAACCAGAUGUUGUUACGAUAACUGUCACUAUAGCUUCUGUUAAAAACCACAAACCAAUCAUAGGAUUCACUGAUGAAGUAGAGAAAUCGUGGCGAAGUCUUCAGAAGAAGCACCAGCUAAAGGAAAAAAAGAUAGGAGAUAAGGGAUUAUUAAAGAGUUCCUCGUCGGAUUUGUUGGAUGAUCACGUUCAAACAACAGUUUCAGCAGAGAAGCUUUCGAAAUCCACAUCUGAUAUUGGUCGUGUAAUGCUUAAAUUCCGAGAAAUGGAGAAGCAAGAGGAGGAUGGACGCAAGGACGAUGUUUAUUCAAAAAAUUUUACUCCAAAAAAAUAUCAAAAAGGAUCGGCAGAGUAUGGAACACCAAAGCCAGGAACUUUAACGGAGAAGCGAGCUCAAAAAGCCUCUAAACACAUUGCACGAGAAAUGCUUUAUCUUUGUGAAGUCAUGCAGGAAUACGGGUAUGUAUCAAAGCGAACAGGAAAAGUUCAAAUCACAUUCGGAAGACUAUUUAAUGUUUAUCAAUUCAUUUCUGAUAAAGUCGUUGGUAUGUUGUUGCGUGCUCGGAAACACAAUAUGGUGGAUUUUGAAGGAGAAAUGUUAUUCCAAAGAAGAGAUGAAGAAGUCGUCAUUACUUUACUUUUGACAACGGAAGAAAUCAAAUAUGCUUAUGAUAACUUGAAAUGA